AAUACCAUAGAAGAGUUAUCAGAGAGAAUAAAAACGCAGAAAAAGAAUGAGAAAAUCACGUGAGAGUCGAAAGCCCUGAAAUUAAGCAUAGCAUAUUCACAGCAACACUCUAACAAUUCUCUCUCAAUUUUUGUCUCUUAUUCAAAUUCGAUUGUAUGAUUGGGAUUGAAAUGGCGAAGGGAAACCCUACAACGACGUUGUUUCGUGAAUUGAAACCAGAACAAUACGCACAUAGCCCAGUUCAUUACGCCGUCGCUAUUGGAAACCAUGCGACGCUUUCUAGAAUUAUUUCGACUCUUCCGCGUUUACCCGACCCGACUCAGAUUCACACUGAGUCUGACUCGGUUGCUCAAGAGAAACUCGCUGAUAAAAUCUCCGUCGUACUCGACCGCCGUGAUGUGCCGUUUAGGGAAACGCCUCUCCAUUUGGCGGUUCGUCUUAAUGAUCUCUCCGCCGCAAAAGCACUAGCUUCCGCUGGUGCUGAUGUUUCUCUCCAUAAUGCUGCUGGUUGGAAUCCUCUCCAGGAAGCUCUAUGCCGGCGUGCGACUGAAAUCUCGGCGAUUCUUGUUCGUCAUCAUCACCGUCUUGCUUGGGCGAAAUGGCGCCGCCGUCUACCUCGUCUUGUGGCUGUUCUCCGUCGUAUGCGUGAUUUUUAUAUGGAGAUCUCGUUCCACUUCGAGAGCUCCGUCAUUCCUUUCGUCGGUAAGAUCGCUCCCUCAGACACUUACAAAAUCUGGAAACGCGAUGGAAAUCUACGCGCCGACACUUCUCUCGCUGGAUUCGACGGUCUCAAGAUCCAACGCGCUGAUCAGAGUUUCCUCUUCCUCGGUGACGGCGAUAGCACGCACGCUGUUCCAUCCGGUUCUCUGCUAGUCCUCAACCGCGACGAUCGGAAAAUCUUCGACGCGUUUGAAAACGCUGGAGCUCCGAUGAGUGAUUCCGAUGUUGCCGGAUUCUGUUCACAGACAAGCGUCUACCGGCCGGGAAUGGACGUAACGAAAGCGGAACUCAUUGGAAGAACGAAUUGGAGAAAGCAAGAGAAGACGGAAAAUGUAGGAGAAUGGAAAGCCAAGGUUUACGAAGUGCAAAACGUGCUUUUCAGUUUCAAGUCACGGAAAGUUUCCGCCGGAGAAUCAGGUAGCGAGCAAGUUAUACCGUUGGAAUUGGACGAAGACGAAGACGGUUUUCUCGUGGCAGAGAAUCCAAGUUUUGGAAUGCCGAUGGAAACUGACAAAAGAAGACAUAGCAGUUUCGUUCGAGAAGAUAGAGAGUGGGUCCCUAUGGGAAGAAAAAGCGUGGAUAUGCAUAUGCCUUCAACGAUGAUGCAACCACCGAGAAAAUCAUCUGCGACGGUUAGAUUAGCACAGCCACUACCACCGCCGGCGAAAGAGAAAGAGUUUAUGAAGAGUUUACGGCCGUCUGUAUGGCUGACGGAGCAAUUUCCUUUGAAAACGGAGGAGCUGUUGCCGCUGCUUGACAUUCUGGCGAACAAGGUGAAAGCUGUGAGGAGAAUGAGGGAUUUGCUCACGACAAAGUUCCCGCCGGGGACUUUUCCGGUUAAGGUGGCAAUUCCGGUGGUCCCUACGGUAAGAGUUGUAAUCACGUUCACAAAGUUCGUGGAGCUUCAACCCGUUGAGAAAUUCUACACACCCUUUACAAGUCCAAGGCAUUUGGUAGCCGAAGAUCAUGAAGAUGAGCAACAAAAUCCAGAAACUCGUCACUCUUCUUUUUCAUCCUCAUGGUUGAGACGAAACAAUAGUCAAUCAGGAAGUUCAAGAAAUAAACAACAACAACGAUCUUCUGGUGCAUUUGAUUUAGACCCUUUUGUUAUUCCUGAGGGAUUUACUUGGAGUAAUAAUGGGGAUGAUAAUAAGCCAAAGAAAUUGAGCAAGUCCAAAUCUGUGAGAAAAUCCAAAUGAAUAUGAUGGUAGUUUAGCUGCAUCGCAUAAUUUGCAUCCAUAAUGUAGAUAUAUCCCUGUUUAAUUUUUAUUACAUUAUUUGAUUUAAAUCAACUUGGGGAUUUCUGGUAAUUAAUUUGUGUUCAUAUACUUCACAGUGGGUAAUUUAGCAGCAAAUUGUUCAACUGUACUUUGCUCACAGUUUUGUUUAUAUGUUACUCCACAUUACAUUAUAUAGAAUGUAACCUUUAGUUUUU